CAUUGUGAGGCUAAAUAUAAGGGCUGGACAUGCAGAUAAGUGAAAGUCAGAUACUGAUCUCGGGACUGAUAGGGUUAAUCAUGUUCUGAUGCUGUUGCUCUUGGUGUGAGAUUACGCCCCACAUCUCUAUAAAACAUCAGCUGAAUCUCUACUUGUAGACAUAUGACUGUAGGUCCCCAACUCAGCAGGCAGGCAAAGCUCCCAGAAGGCUGUGAUUUUGGGCUCCUGAGUGGCGCAGCGGUCUAAGGCUCUGCAUCUCAGUGCAAGAGGCGUCACGCAGUCCCUGGUUCAAAUUCAGGCUGCAUCACAUCCGGCUGUGAUUGGGCGGCGCACAAUUGGCCCAGCGUCGUCCAGGAUUGGCGGGGACUUUAGAAGACUGUUACAGCCCGUCCAUCUUUAGGUGGUGGGAUUCCCCUCCUGGUGGACUUAAAGUGAUGGAGAAGCCUGAUGAUGAGGGGUCACCAGGUGCAACAGGUGGUGAAGGGGAUGGAAGAGACGCCACACCAGUUCACAGCACUGGUACUCCUGAUGGCAUUGCAGCACUAGGAGCUAUGCUACAGGGCUUCAUGUUGGUUCAACAGCAGCAACAGCAGUCAAUGCAAACAAUGCAGCAACAGAUGCAGCAGCAGAUCAGCCAGCUACAGGAGGAGGUGCAGAACGGAAAGACAAAGCAACUGUGUGUUGUGACCCCUCUGCCAGCAGCAAACCCAGACACUUUGACAAGACCAGCUCCUCAGUCCCUAGGCCCACCAGAGGAGGUAUUAGCUGAACACCUUGACAAGAAGGAGGGGGAAGCAGAGAGGAAAUCGGAAGAGGUCCAACAGCCUUUGUCCAAAGCCAAUGAUGAGUCAAAACCAGAGACAGAUGGCUCCUCAGGAGGAAACAGAGAAACAACCAGAGGCCCAGCCGAGGUGUCAGGUCAACACGUUGUCAAAAAGGAGGAGGCAGAGAGGAAAUGUGAAGCGGAAGAACCAGUGCCAAAAGCCAUAGAUGAGCCAAAACCAGAAGAAGGUUCCUCAAGAGAAAACAUCAAAACAACCCAAGGAUCCUGUCUCAGGGAGCUGUUGUCAAUGACUGGACUAGAAGAUCAUUAUGAAAACAAGCUGACGUUAAGUACUGCCCUUGAGAUAAAUGACAAUACUACAUCAGAUGAACCUCUUACCACUAUGCAGUCACUUCCAGGUGCCUUCCUUAAGAAAUUAAUGAUGGCAAAUGUGAAUGCAAGGAGUGUGAAAUGUAUGUCCACUGACCAGGAGGUUUCCAAUUAUGGUGUAGACAACCUGUACACUGACACUGAUUCCAGCAAUGUCAUUAAUCCACUGGACCUGAUAACUGCCCUGUUUCUGUGCUCAGACGGUUUCCUGCAGCAGGAGACGGUCCAGAAAAUGUCAAUGUGUCAGUUUGCUGUUCCUCUUCUGCUGCCCAACUGUGACACAAAACAAAGCACAUUGAUGCUGUGGGCCUUGAGGGACAUAGUGAGGAAGUUUAGACCCUCUUCCCAAACGGCCACAAAUGCUUUUGUGGAGGACAGAAUUGUUGUCUCUGAUAUUCCUAUAGUGUCCUUUGUUAGGCUAGGAGAGAGCAGCUUAUCCAAGUCUCAGAUUUUGAACAAGUUGCUUAGUAACCCUCAACAGUACCAUGACACAUUUGUUCAUCAUGAUAUGGAAUGUGGCGAUGUCCCUCGUCAAAUCUCAGACGGACUGGUUGAAAUCAGCUGGUACUUUCCAUCUGGGAACAGAAACAUAGACAUGUUCACAGAGCCUGUGGCAGUGGCCAAUCUCAGAGGAGACAUCAAGUCCUUUGAAACACAGUUCUCCUUUCUGUGUCAAACAUCAGCUGCAGUUUACAUUUUCAUUGAUGAUUUUGAGGCAGAUUUCAAAGUUUUGGAAGGCAAAAUCACAAAAGCAGAGUUAUUUCUGGUUGUCAACUCUCAGAAAAAAACAUUCAGUGUGGACACAUUGACGAAAAUGAUCACAAACUGCCGUAUCAACCCAACAAAUGUGAUUGUGAAGAAGAAGCAGAAUGAUGCAGAAUUUGUCAAAACCCUGCAGUCAUCUGUGGGUGACGUCAUGGAAAAAAUAAAAAAUAGAUUGACAAUUGAAAACAUGGUUGAUGUGGCUCAUCAGUUUGGGAUUCUGGUUGAUGAAGACAGUGAUGAGUGUCAGAGUGCCAGGAAGACGGCAGAUGAAAUCACCAGGAACAUCAAAGAUACAAUUCAAUUCAAAGACAAACAGCUACCCUUACAGGGGCAAAUCUGGAAAGAGCUUUCCCAGUUAGAAAAAGAGAGGUGUAGACUGAGAAAUGCAGGGGAUCAAGACAUUGAACACUACAAGAGCUCUCUGAAUAAAAAGGAGGCAGAGCUGAGAAAGAAGCAAAAUAAAUGUGACAUGUCAGAUGCAAUGGCAAGCUUCAUUUACGGAAUGUCAAGAUCAGGACCUGAGCGAUCCUAUUUCCUCAAAUGGAUGCGGAUAAAUCUGGACAAUCUGUCACGCCAGAACCUGUCUGCUUUGCGGGACCGGUACAAAGAUCUUUGCCAAAAUUCUCCUGAGAAAAAAGACGAAAUUAAAGAUUUGGAUAAGCAAUUAUCUGACUGUUCCUUGGGUCUUGAACACUUCCUGCGUGAGUUGGGCCAGUUAUAUGAAGCUGCCUGCUCCCUCCCUGAGGACAGUCCUCAAAGGCAACAGAUGGAGCAUCUCCCUGGAUUGUGUGCUCAGAUGCUGUUGGAUGGUUUCCCCAUUGAGCUUGUGGAUGGAGAUGCAUCAAAUAUCCCUCUGAAAUGGAUAUCAGCUGUUCUGACUCAGCUUCAUACUCUUGUGGAAUCCAACAGCAAGAUCCGGGUGGUCACAGUUUUAGGGGUCCAAAGCACAGGGAAGUCCACGCUCCUCAACACCAUGUUUGGGGUCCAGUUUGCUGUCAGCAGUGGAAGAUGCACCAGAGGGGCCUUCAUGCUACUGAUUAAAGUCAAUAAAGAACUCAAGGAGGAGCUGAAAUGUGACUUCAUCAUGAUCAUUGACACAGAGGGGUUGAAAUCACCAGAGUUGGCUCAACUAGAUGAUAGCCAUGAACAUGACAAUGAACUGGCAACACUGGUGAUAGGACUCAGUGAUGUCACUAUCAUCAACAUCGCCAUGGAGAACUCCACAGAGAUGAAAGACAUUCUGCAGAUUGUUGUUCAUGCUUUUAUCAGGAUGAAGGAAGUGGGGAAGAAGCCAAUAUGUCAUUUUGUACACCAGAAUGUGUCAGACAUGUCUGCUCAUGACAACAACAUGAGGGACAGGAAGAAGUUGUUGGAACAGUUGAAUGAAAUGACCCUGGCAGCAGCCAGAAUGGAGAAGAAGGAGAAUAUCACCAAGUUCACUGAUGUGAUGGAGUAUGAUCCAGACACAAGCAGCUGCUACAUCCCAGGACUCUGGCAUGGGACUCCCCCUAUGGCUCCAGUAAAUGCUGGCUACAGUGAGGCUGUGUACAGCUUCAAGAAGACCUUGAUGAAAGAUUUCAGAAAUUGCCAGAGUAAUGACGACAUGACACAUUUCCUGAAGUGGACACAAAGCUUGUGGGAGUCUGUUAAAUUUGAGAAAUUCAUCUUCAGUUUCAGGAACAGCUUGGUUGCAGAUGCAUACUCCAGAUUAUGCUCUGAGUACAAUGGUUGGGAAUGGACCUUCCAGAAGGAGAUGUAUAAAUGGAUGGUGAGUGCUGAAACUAAAAUGUCCAAUAUUGUCAUGACAGAUCAACAUCCCCAGAGGUCCAUAAGAGAUGUGCUACAAGACUUAAUGAUAGAAGCAUCUGGGAAACUAUCAUUGGAAGAAAAGGAAAUCCAAGACAAUCUAGUAAAAUACUUUGAAAAAGAAGAUGGCCAUGUCAAUCUGGUGGAAAAAUACAAGGAGGACUUUGUGAAUAGUGCUAAAACACUGAGACGAGAGACAGAAAACACAGUUAGGAACAAACUGCAAGGAGCUGUUGAAAUCAAAGAGGGAAUGACAGAACUGAACAACAUCAAGAGCUCUCAGGCAAGUACAAUGGAAAAGAAGGUUCUGACUCUGUUACAGAAUUGUAGAAAGAAAGAAUCUGUUCUAUCAGAUGAGGAACUCAGUGAAGAGUUUGAAAACAUGUGGAAGAAAACUCUUUCUGAUAUACACUUCAAAGGACUCCCAAGAAGAGAUGUGGCUCAAGGUGCCUUCUUUAUGUUAAGUGGAAAUCUAUCAACAAGGGGUGGGCACGUCAAUAAGAUGUUGGUUGGAAACAACCUGGUGGAAUGUGGUAAAAAAGAAUUUGUUGUGAAAACUGGGGGUUUAAGGAAGCAAUUUGGGGACUUAGUUAAGCAAUUUGGUUUCAACUAUUUCAGUGAUAAACUACAAGAGUUUUGUGACAACAUCAUAACACAGUGUCAGUUGUUUAUAACACAGAAGGUGGGAAACAAAACAGAUUACCAUGAUACUUACAUCAAAGAGCUGCUGAACAAUAUUGAUGAAACAUUGCAACAAAACAAGAAUGUUAAAAUCAGUGAGGAAUGUGAGGUAACUCUGAAGCUACACAUCUGUGGCAGAGCAGCCAUAGAGUUUCAGAAGAUGCAUGAUGAUUUCAUUGAAGUUAAUGACCCAAGGAAGUGUCUGGAACAGUCUAAGAACAAGUACCUUACUGAGUUUAUAGACUUAUUUCACAACCAAGAUCAGUGCCAGAAGAAAGCUGAGGAGUUCUCAAAGCUCUUACAGCCAGCUGUACAGGACUAUGUGACCAAAAUGAUUGGUCCUGAUGUAGUUGAUGAAAUGAAGACAGGUAAAGGGUCACAGGAUUACAGCACAAAAUGGGCUUUCCAGUUCUCCAUUUUGAAACAACUCCUGACAGAUGGAAAAUAUGAUAAAUAUAAAAGCUACAUAAACCAUUAUGAAAAGUUUGUGAAGGACUGGCUGUUUGACCAGAUUGUCCAACAUCUGUCAAAGAACCGUAGUCUGGAGAAAUUGGAGAAGAAACAUCUUUCAGAGAUAGUCAAGAUGAUCACUGACGCAAUCUCUAACAUCAGGAAAACAACUGGCAUAAAACAUGUAAAUGAUGUCAAGACAUUCAUUCAGAACAUCUGCAGUGCCCUUAAAGAUAAGCUGGUUCUCAAGGAUGCUCUGGAUUCCAUCUUGAUUCUGAACACUGCAGACACAAAACAGUUUGCUGACUACCUCACAGAGUUUGUGAGAGAAAUGGAGCAGUCACUAGCAGUUACGUACGACAAGGGAAGUGAUAUCAAAGAUAGACUCAAAUCUCUGCCAUUCAAGCCACAGGACACGAUGUUCACCAAUCUGUUUGGCUGUGGAGAGCAAUGUCCUUUCUGCGGUGUACCCUGUGAUGCAGGGGGAAAGGAGCAUGACAAACACUUUUCAUCAAUUCAUCGUCCAAAAGGUCUAAAUAGUGUAAUGUUCAAACCUACAAAGAAGUUAGUAACUAACAUAUGUUCAUCUGAUGUGAAUAGUAAUUUAUUAUUCAUCCACCCCCUGGUGACGGGAGAGGAUGGUCAUCCCUACAAGGACUACCAGAAAUAUUACCCUUACUGGAUCAUACCUGGAGAUUCCAGCAUUAAGGCUUCAGACUACUGGAAGUAUGUGAUGGCCACAUUCAAUGAGAAAAUCGCUAAAGACAGAGACUCAACACUUCCUGCUGAUAUCCCAGAAGACUGGAAGGCAUUAACAACUGAUGAUGCAAUGAAGAGCUUGAAAGAGUCUUUCAACAUGAAAUAAAGUGGAUUACUACUGUAUAUAAUGACUCCUGUUAACCAACAUGUUAACAUAUAACUGAAUAUUAGAAGACUUGACAACCAGAAAUAACUCUCAUGACGUGGAUAUAUCACAGAAUCAAAAUAUAUGGAGGUAGUUGCCCAGACAAGAGUUGUUGAAAUAAUGUGCACAUCCGGAAAUACACAACUGGAUCACAGAAAGUCAUAUUUACAAAUACAUUCAUAAACUAUAUAACCUUUUAGCAAUUUACAGAUCUGGGUUUUCAUCCUAAUGUAAGUUUUAUUGUGAAAAAAAUGCAUUUCUUGUUUCAAAUAGAGGUAUUACACAUUCAUUAUACUUUCAAUAAUUUACUUAAUCAAAAAUUAAUACUAAGAAGAUUUAAAACAUGUUUUAUUGGGCCACACCUUAAUAGUGAUUUGUUCAAUGACGUGGCCGGUUCUGAAGGUAUUUCCCAAUGUUCAAA